AAGGAAAUCUGCCCAAACACAUCAGUAGCGAGAAUUGGAGACUCGAUCGAUACGCAUAGAAGUAGUCCCCCGGCGUUUUAUCAAUAAUCUGCGGGAUGGAGGGGAGUCGAUUCCGUACCUCCCCGCCCCGCACCAGCUCUGGCGGAGGGGUACGCGUGAUCUGCGGAGCUGGGGCAGCAAGCUGCCUGAUUGACAGCCCGAAAUCUGAUCUUGUGAAAGAGACGCGGAGCCAAUGGGAGGCAGCGAUCCAUCAGUUUGGAUUGGAGGCCCCUGGAGGAGAAGUAGAGGAAAAACCACCGAAUUGAGCUCUUGUCAGAGGAGCUUUCAGCUUCCAAGGGGGAAGUGCUUGGGUAAUAAUUAAUGUUUUUAUUAAAUUUGGAGGGAAUAUUUUGCAGCCGUUCGCCUAGCGUGACCUUCAGGUUGAUAGCAGUCCAGAUCCCGGGGAAAUCUCCAGCUAAAUGCUCAAAAUAUAAAAUACUAAGCUGAGAUUUGUGAAGAGCAGCAGAAUGGAUGGAUUUUACGACCAGCAAGUGCCUUACUUGGUCACCAAUAGUCAGCGUGGGAGACAUUGUAACGAGAAACCAACAAAUGUCAGGAAAAGAAAAUUCAUUAACAGAGAUCUGGCUCAUGAUUCAGAAGAACUCUUUCAAGAUCUAAGUCAAUUACAAGAAACAUGGCUUGCAGAAGCUCAGGUACCUGACAAUGAUGAGCAGUUUGUGCCAGACUAUCAGGCUGAAAGUUUGGCUUUUCAUGGCCUACCACUGAAAAUCAAGAAAGAACCCCACAGUCCGUGUUCAGAACUCGGCUCUGCCUGCAGUCAAGAACAGCCCUUUAAAUUCAGCUAUGGAGAAAAGUGCCUGUACAAUGUCAGUGCCUAUGAUCAGAAGCCACAAGUGGGAAUGAGGCCCUCAAAUCCCCCAACACCAUCCAGCACUCCAGUAUCCCCACUGCAUCAUGCAUCUCCAAAUUCAACUCACACCCCUAAACCUGACCGGGCCUUCCCAGCUCACCUCCCUCCAUCGCAGUCCAUACAAGAUAGCAGCUACCCCAUGGACCACAGAUUUCGCCGCCAGCUUUCGGAACCCUGUAAUUCCUUUCCUCCUUUACCGACAAUGCCAAGGGAAGGACGUCCUAUGUACCAACGCCAGAUGUCUGAGCCAAACAUCCCCUUCCCACCUCAAGGCUUUAAGCAGGAGUACCAUGACCCAGUAUAUGAACACAACACCAUGGUUGGCGGUGCAGCCAGCCAAAGCUUCCCCCCUCCACUGAUGAUUAAACAGGAACCCAGAGAUUUUGCGUAUGAUUCAGGCUGUAUGUUUGAAAAAGGCCCGAGGCAAUUUUAUGAUGACACCUGUGUUGUCCCAGAGAAAUUUGAUGGGGACAUCAAACAAGAGCCAGGAAUGUAUCGGGAAGGACCCACGUACCAGCGACGGGGAUCCCUUCAGCUUUGGCAGUUUUUAGUAGCUCUUCUGGAUGACCCUUCAAAUUCCCAUUUCAUUGCCUGGACUGGUCGAGGCAUGGAAUUUAAACUGAUUGAACCUGAAGAGGUGGCCCGGCGAUGGGGCAUUCAGAAAAAUAGGCCAGCUAUGAACUAUGAUAAACUUAGCCGUUCACUCCGCUAUUAUUAUGAGAAGGGAAUCAUGCAAAAGGUGGCUGGAGAGAGAUAUGUCUACAAAUUUGUGUGUGAUCCAGAAGCCCUUUUCUCCAUGGCCUUUCCAGAUAAUCAGCGCCCUCUGCUGAAGACAGACAUGGAACGUCACAUCAACGAAGAGGACACAGUGCCUCUGUCCCACUUUGACGAGAGCAUGGCCUACAUGCCUGAAGGGGGCUGCUGCAAUCCUCACCCCUACAGUGAAGGCUAUGUGUAUUAACACAAGUGACAGUCACAGAGGGCAUCCUCUCGCUUUUCCUCUCUUUUGAGAUGCAGAGAAUCUCUGAAUUCUCUUCAAUCUUUGUUUUAUUUUUGUUGUUGUUGUUGUUUGUAUUUUAUUUUUAAAUAAUAAUACAAAAAAGGGGCUUUUCCUGUUGCAUUAUUCUAUGGUCUGCCAUGGACUGCGCACUUUAUUUGAGGGUGGGUGGGAAUAAUCUAAACAUUUAUUCUGUGUAACAGGAAGAUAAUGGGUUAAUGGGUGGGGGGGCUCGGGGAUUACUUUUUACUUAGGCUUGGGAUGGGGUUCUACAGGUUUUAAUUAUAAUGAUGCUAUAUCAUGUCUGAUUUCAUAACAACGUAAGAUAAUGUUCAUUUUCUCGGGGCUAUCUAUGGUACAGUUAAUUCACAUUAUGUAAAUACCACUUGGAAACUAUUUACCGAGUGAUAUGCCUUGGGCAACCCCUGUUCCAUUAUUUCUGAGUCUCUGCAGGUGUGCAAAAGAAACAUCUACUGUAAAUGGCAGUUAGUUCACGUGUUAAAAAUAACUUUUUGCACCUCUUGUAAAAAAAGUAUUUAGAGAUUGCAUUUGCCAUAUUUUGUUUUGCUUUAUAUAUGACUCAUAGAGGAAAACCAUAAAAUGGUAAUUCUCUGUUCAUGAGGGGCACAAUUUUGGACUCUGGCUCCAAACUGAGUCGCAGGCCAGUAGCAUUACAUGUAUCUGUUGCCACCUUGCUGUUUAGAUACUGUCUUUUAAAUAUUUUCAAGCCCAUUUCAGUUGUAUAAUGACAUGUCAUGGUCCUUUGGGAUCUCAUUUAAAUGCUAAAUCUGGGAUUACAAUGAAGCAAAAAAUAUGUCUCCUUUCACUUCCUUUAGUACAUAAAUACAUUAUUUAAUCAGUAAGAAUUAACUGUACUAAAUCACAUAUUAUGCUGUUCUAGAUGCAACAAGCACUCCUUAAGGAAAAAAAAAAUCCAAUACACUAAAUAGGUACUAUAGUAAUUUUUAGACAUGGUACCCAUUGGUAUGCAUUUAGACCUUUUACUGCCGUGUUAUGUUGAUAACAUAUAUAAAUAUUAGAUAAUGCUAAUGCUUCUGCUGCUGUCUUUUCUGUAAUAUUCUCUUUCAUGCUAAAUUUACUAUGACCAUUUAUAAGCAAUGCAAUUAACUACAGAUAGCAUUUCAGGACAAAAUAGAUGACUCGAACCAUUUAUUGCUUAAAAAUAGCUUAUGCCAUGCUAUGCUAUAAGCAGCUUUUAUGCACAUUGACAAAUGAAGAGUAAGCUUCAGCUUGCUAAGGGAAACUGGAAACUUUUGUAACUUUUGGUGAAAUUGAAAAUUAUUUACAAAUUGUCAAAGAAUAUGAUGAAGUUGCUGUAUGACAUAGUGCUGGCACUGGUAUGAUCCUUCAUUUGGUUUUAGACCCAUGUAAAUGUGAUUGGAUUGUUUGAAGAAAGAUUGAAAGUUUCAAAGUUUUUGUUUUGUGUUUGCUUUUCAUUUGGAGAAAAUACUGAAAACAGGGCAUGUGGUUCUAUUCACUUUGAAAAACCAUUAAGGAAAUGAUGUUGAUCAAUAACCUGCUAAAAGGUUCAAGGUAAAAGACAUGAAUUCUGUUCAUUCCAUGGGUAUCCCACAGGAAUAACUUUUUUUCAGAUUCUAUAAAAAAAUGUUAAAAAUACAUAAAUAAGUAAAUACAAAUAAAUCUAUGAGAGCAUUUCAUGAAAAGCCUAGGAAAUAUUGUUGAAAGAUGACCCCUUCAGCUACACAUUUUCUAGCACUACAAA